AUGCCUAGCAGUGAAGGCCAAGUAUCAAACUGGAAAAGAUUCCGACAUGCUUUUUCCUCUCCAUCAGCCUUCCACAAUGCAUUGAGAUUGAAGAGCUCAACAUCGUUCCUGAUCAACGAGGAUCUGCUUCCAUCGCCUAUAAGCCGACAGACAUGGACAAUCUGGAGUUUCUUUGCAUAUUGGUGGAGUGAAUCCUGGAACGUCUCAACAUGGUCAGUCGGAGCGUCCUUGAUCGCCCUCGGAGCCACGAUCCGCGAUGCGCUCUUGGUCGUCUUCUUUGCCAACCUUCUCUCCGCGGUUGUGAUAGUUCUCAAUGGUCGCGCUGCAGCACGAUACCACGUGGGGUACCCAGUCCUAUCAAGAGUCAGCUUUGGUAUCUACGGACAAUAUUUCGUGGUGGUACUGCGAUCAAUCCUUGGCAUCAUCUGGGGAGGUGUGCAGCUGUACUUUGAGGGACAAUUCAUCUCAGUCUGUCUAAGGUGCAUAUUUCCAGGUUGGGAGCGCAUCCCGAACGGCAUUCCAGCAAGUCAGCACAUUACUACACAGGUCAUGGUCGGGUUCUUCCUUGCGUUUCUGUUCACGAUACCUUUCCUGUUUGUCCAUACCUCGAGAAUCCAGCACCUGUUCAGCGUCAAAUCAGUCGUCAUGCCUCUUGCAGGCCUGGGCAUUGUCAUUUGGGCCACUACGAGCAACGGUGGUGUGUCGUCGGGAGCACUUGCUACAACAGCAACGAAAUCAUCAGUCUCAGUCUUUGCCUGGGGCAUCGUCUCGCAGUUCAAUUCUGUUAUGGGGGCGAACUCAGCACUUCUAGUCACAGUUCCAGACCUGGCUCGAUACUCGAAGACAAAGAAUGCUCAGCUUUGGGGUCAACUUAUCAGUCUACCCAUUGGUCAAACUAUCUGUGCUGCUUUCGGGGUAAUCACAACGUCCGCAGUCCUCAGUAUGUGGGGAGAAGCAUACUGGAACCCUUACGAUCUCCUCAACGGCAUUCUGGAUCACUCCUACUCCUCCAAAGCAAGAGCAGGAGUUUUCUUCGCAUCUGCGUGUUUCGCCUUUGCAACACUAGGCACCUCGAUUGCCUGCAACUUCAUUCCGUUCGCGGCUGAUGUCACGUGCCUGCUCCCGAAAUACAUCAACAUCGUUCGAGGCCAGUUGCUAUGUCUUAUCAUUGCAUUCGCGAUCGUUCCUUGGCGAAUUGUCGCAACCGCAAACGGCUUCCUGAACUUUCUCUCCGGCUACUCAAUCUUCCAGGGACCAGUCGUAGCCAUCAUGCUAGUCGACUACUUCAUCAUCCGCCACGGCAACCUCUCAAUGAGCAAUAUCUUCACCGCCGCUCCCCACGCUCGAUACCACUAUUUCCACGGCUUCAACCUCCGCGCCUUCGGUGCAUUUGUCGUUGGCUUCCUCCUGCCCCUUCCAGGUUUCGCCGCAAGUUUCGGUCACACAAUCGGUAGCGCAGCGACACACAUGUACUCCCUGGGCUGGGUGUUGAGCUUCCUCAUGGGUGGUCUAUCAUACUGGCUCUUCUGUGUGGUGUUCAAAGUACCAGGUGAUGAUGGCAGGCAUGGUUUCGAGGCGUUGGUCGUUGAGGCUAAUGAGACGGUGAUUGAAGGUAGUAUAGUGGAUGGAGGCUCUUCGAUUGUGGAUGGAGAAGGAUCACUGCCAGACAAGGAGGCUCGUGUUAAGACGGAGAUAGCGUGA